GUAGAUCUCACGUGACAAAGAGCUGACGUGUGCAGAAGUCCUUCUUGUCCUGAUCGUUUUUCCCAUUUGAGUACCAGCUCCCAAUUGCCCAGAGGGUAGGUGGGCUUGUCGCAGAAGGAAGAAGGAGGAGGAGAAGGAAAUUGGCCCGGAUCCCUGCAGUCUUUCUGUAGGUUGCAGCACAACUCCAGGCAAGAGAAGAGGAAGGAAAUUGACUCUUAUCGGUGAAGGUUGAUUUGAGGGUCUUCUGUGGCAGGUGGCACUGUCUGAAGCGAGGGAGCAAGUUUCCCAGGAUCUUUGGAGAUCCGAAAGAUUGUUGGGCGUGGCACAUCUCGGAGAAGAGAAGAGGCAAAGUGCCUGUCUUAAGGAGAUCCACCUCCAGAUUCAGCUGUUGUGACCAGGAAGUGACUAAAGAUCAACUUCUACAGUCCUGCACCCAGGCCCACUGCGCUCUUCCCGCAUCCUGAGUGACUACUGUCUUCCUUGGUCCCUGCUCUUGUCAGGGACGAUUGCAUGGGCUACGUUAGGAAAGUAGGCUGGGUGACUGCAGGCCUAGUGAUUGGGGCUGGUGCCUGCUACUGCAUUUAUAGACUGACUAGAGGAAGAAAACAGAACAAGGAGAAAAUGGCUGAGGGUGGAACCGGGGAUGUGGAUGAUGCUGGGGACUGUACUGGAGCCAGGUAUGACUGGUCUGAUGAUGAUGAUGACAGUAAUGAUAGCAAGAGUAUAGUAUGGUAUCCACCUUGGGCCCGGAUUGGAACGGAGGCAGGAACCAGAGCUAGAGCCAGGGCAAGGGCCAGGGCUACCAGGGCACGCCGGGCUGUCCAGAAACGGGCUUCUCCUAAUUCAGAUGAUACUAUUUUGUCCCCUCAAGAACUACAGAAAGUUCUUUGUUUGGUUGAGAUGUCUGAAAAGCCUUAUAUUCUUGAAGCAGCUUUAAUUGCUCUGGGCAACAAUGCUGCUUAUGCAUUUAACCGAGAUAUUAUUCGUGAUCUGGGUGGUCUCCCAAUUGUUGCAAAGAUUCUCAAUACCCGGGAUCCCAUUGUUAAGGAAAAGGCUUUAAUUGUCCUAAAUAACCUGAGUGUGAAUGCUGAAAAUCAGCGCAGGCUUAAGAUAUACAUGAAUCAAGUGUGUGAUGACACAAUCACUUCUCGCUUGAACUCAUCUGUGCAGCUGGCUGGACUAAGAUUGCUUACAAAUAUGACUGUUACUAAUGAGUAUCAGCACAUGCUUGCUAAUUCCAUUUCAGACUUUUUCCGCUUAUUUUCAGCUGGAAAUGAAGAAACUAAACUUCAGGUUUUGAAACUCCUUUUGAAUUUGGCCGAAAAUCCAGCUAUGACUAGAGAGCUGCUCAGGGCCCAAGUACCAUCUUCACUAGGUUCCCUCUUUAAUAAGAAGGAGAACAAAGAGGUUAUUCUUAAACUUUUGAUUGUUUUUGAAAAUCUAAAUGACAAUUUUAAAUGGGAAGAAAAUGAACCUACUCUGAAUCAAUUUGGUGAAGGCUCGCUCUUUUUCUUUUUAAAAGAAUUUCAAGUGUAUGCUGAUAAGGUUCUGGGAAUAGAAAGUCACCAUGAUUUUUUGGUAAAAGUAAAAGUUGGAAAAUUCAUGUCCAAACUGUCUGAGCAUAUGUUCCCAAAGAUCCAGGAAUAAUUUCUUGACUUCGUAGUUUAGAAGCAAUAUGUACUAUAAAGUAUUCUUUUUCCCAACCUUGUUUAUAUGGUGGAGGAAUCCUUUUAGCUGCCAGUUUUGAGUAAUAAAUGUCAUAUUGUAUUAUCAAUGCUGAUAUUUAACCAGGUUGAUUUUCGGGUUUAAGCUGGAUGAAUAUCAUUACUUGUUUUGAAAACAUGUUUUUUGCUUUUUAUCUUGCUGCCUAGAUUAAAAUAUUCUUACUAUUUCCUCUGCAUAGGUGACAGUGAACCAAUUAGUCCUAAGUAAACUUUGUUAUUUGCAUUGAUUUUAUUUGUGUAUCAUCAAUAAACUUGUGUGUUGAUGUUGGAAAGAAAAAAAAAGAGGGGAGAAAGAAAUCAUCCUUGUCCUUUGGUUUAUAAUCUAGUUGGAAAGAUAAGGAACAUACAAACCAAAAGAUAAUCAACAAUAUCUGGAGCAUACACUCAUUUUCAGAUGUGUGCUCUCAGACCACAGAAGAGGCAAAGGUCUCUGCAGAAUAGGAAAGUUAGCUAAAGCUUCACAGAACAAACAGCCAUUGAAAGUGAGCCCAGAGUAGAGUGAGAAGGUUAAGGCAGUCUCUGAGAGGGGGAAAUGGUGAGAGAAACCUAUUGAUGUAUGAACCUUUUUCCUAUGACAGCAGAACAGUCUGCAUAGAGUGGAGAGCGAGUAGAAUAGGAACAAAUAAAUUUGGGAAGCUGAAUCAAGCCAGUUGUGGAAAGAUACUUGAAUACUAUCUCAUUGAACACUCAGAUACAUUAAAUAUUUUUGACUAGAAAAUAGGCUUCUUAGAAAAGUCCUGCUUGCUCUUCUGCUGCAUAGUAUCAAUUAGACUGUGGAGAAAUGUACUCUCUGAAACCCUGAUGGUAGCCAUUUGGUCAUAUAUAUCAUAAGACCUAAAAUAUGUAAAUCUUGUGUCUUAAGAGAGUAAUUAAGUAAUUGGUCAAAGUUUGUAUGUACAAAGCUAUUUGCCUCAGCAUGAUGGUGCCAAAAAUUAGAAACAACUAAAGUGUCUAUCAUACUGGAUUAUUUAAAUAAUUUAAGGGAUGUUCACACAUAUAUAUGCUAAUAGAAAUCUAUUUUGCUAGGAAAGUGUAUUCAUCAUACAUUAAGGGAAAAAGGUAAGUUUGAUAUAGCAGUAUUUGUAAUAUGCUUCCAUUUUGGGGGAUAGGAAAUCUUAUUUAUAAUGACAUUAAAAGCUCUGGAGUUACAUACAUAGUAACAAUAGCUAUCUUUGAGUAGAAGGACAAUUUGUGAACUCUACCUACUUUUUAUUCAUCUGGGUACUUAAUUAUCUGUAGUGAAUGUUGAUUUUUAGGAAAUUUUUGAAAAUGAAGUAUUGGAAAUGAAGCAGGUAACUGAUUCAAAGUGGCACUAUGUGAAAAAGAUAGAUCAAAAUGAGAUGGAUUGAAGUGGUGAAGGUGCAGCUUAUCAUGAGGAUUAAGUGAGAUAACAUAUGCGAAGUACAUACAACAUUUUAGCAAUUAUUAGCUAAGAAAAGUGAGAGCAUGUAAGUAUUCAGAAUUCAGAGUUAAUAGAUUUUGGUUGACCUUUGCUGGUUGGAGCAUUCUGCCGUGUUUCAGUGUCAUUUAAUAAAUGACACUAUAAUAACAAUAAAAUUAACAUUUAUUGAGUGA